GCACGUACGCUGCGGACUCACCUGGUGGAUAAGCGACUUUCUGAGGAACUCCAAGCGAUGAAGGCAAUGACGGACAUAGAACUCCUUGAAGUGAAGACAUCUGAAGCCAACCUGCUAUCAUGUGAAGAGAGGCUGGCAGUCAAGAAAGCUGAAGAAUCUCUGAAGAAAACAGGAACUCGCUAUCAAGUGGCGGUCCCAUGGCGCGAGAAGGAACCAGAGCUGAGCAGCAACUACGAAGCUGUGCUACACCGACUCGUGCGGCUGGAAAACUCUCUCCGUCGUCAAGGAGUUGAUCUAGCAUCAAAGUAUCACGAGAUUUUGGAGGACUACGUUCGGAAAGGAUACAUGACUAAAGUUCCUGCCAAGCAAAGAUCGGACAGUGGGAAAAAGGAAUGGUUUCUUCCUCACUUCCCAGUCAUACGUGAAGACAAGGCAUCAACCAAGAUUCGCAUUGUGUACGACGCGGCAGCCCAGUUCCGAGGAAGGAGUCUGAACUCACAGCUCCUGCCAGGACCAUCACUGUACAGUGACCUCAUCGAAACUCUCGUCGGAUUUCGCCAGCACCCAGUCGCGCUUGUUGGGGAUGUCCGUGAGAUGUUCCUCCAAGUAGAACUGGCGGCUGAAGACCAGAAGUUUCAUCGCGUAUUGUGGCGAAACAUGAAGACAGAUGAGGAACCUACCGUCUAUGAAGCCAAACGCUGGAUCUUCGGCAAUGCUGCAGCGCCUUUUGUGGCACAGUUCGUCUUGAAAGAACAUGCACGGAGGAAUGCUGAUGAAUUUCCUUUAGCUGCAGAAGUCGUCAGCAAACAUGUCUACAUGGAUGAUGCGAUAGCGUCCUUCAAGGAUGCAGAGUCUGCCAUUGAAGCUAGAGCUCAGCUUCGUGAAAUGCUAGAAAAGGCUGGGAUGGAGAUGAAGAAAUGGAAGUCAAAUAGCCAGGAAGUUAUGGAAACGAUACCGGCGCAGGACAGAGCUCCAACCUCUCAUCACCGGAUCGAAGACAGAGGAGCAAACCCAACGAAGACACUAGGUGUAGUGUGGUCAGCAGGAGAUGACAGUCUCUCACUGGAUGCCACAAAACGCAGUUCAAAGUCUGGAAGUUGGACGAAGAGAGAUGUUCUGAGAGAGAUGUCGACGGUGUUUGACCCCUUGUGUUUAUUUGCACCGUUCACGCUACGAGCGAAGAUGCUGUUCCAGCUGACUUGGAGUGAUGGUGCUGGCUGGGACGACGUCCUACCCGAAGACCAGCAAAAGAAGUGGUCAGAGUGGUUUUACGAGCUGGGCGAACUCGGCACCAUAUCUGUGCCUCGAUGCAUCCACCCAUUUCAAGGACAGCCUGAACAACAAGUACACGUAUUCAGCGACGCUUCGGAGCAAGCAUACGCCGCAGCGGUGUAUGUGGUGUCAGAAGACGAUGGCGUUCGAGUCUCGAAUCUCGUUCUAGCACGCGCUAGAGUAGCUCCAAAAGCAAAGAAGCAAACCAUUCCGAGACUGGAACUCAUGGGAGCGUUGCUCGGCAUGCGCCUGGUCAAAAAAGUAUGCCAGGCACUUGGAAAGGACUUGAAGGAAGUAUACUUCUGGUCGGAUUCCAUGGAUAUCUUAUGCUGGAUCAGGAACGAAGUGGCUCACUUUCAGCCAUUUGUAGCGCACCGUGUUGCUGAAAUCCGAGAGUUCACCGCACCGGAACAGUGGCAACACGUUCCAGGAUCAAGCAACCCUGCGGAUGCGCCGACAAGAGGCCUGGGUCUGGAAGAACUAAGGGAUCACAGCUUGUGGUGGCAUGGACCGGCAUAUCUAUUAGAUGGCGAACAGUGCUGGCCAAAAAGAAAGGAAUUCAGCGAGGAAGAGUUCGACAAGAGUGAAUUUCGCAAGCUGGAACAGAGGAAAACAUUUGCUGUGACAACACCGGUUGCAUCAGGAUUCCGGCUCCAGCCAGAGAACUACUCUAGCUGGACGAGAUUUCUCCGAGUGUCUGCCUGGGUAUGGCGGUUCAUACACGCACUCAAGUCUAGAGAAAGCAGCAAGGGAAGCGAUUUUGAGAGAGCUAAGUCGAAUGAACUGACUCCAGAUGAAGUAGAAGAAGCUGAAAGAUUCUGGGUCAAACAAGUUCAGGAAGAGUCCUUCCCCGUAGAAGUGAAGCAGCUGACGAAGGUGCAGACGGGUCACUUCGUCUCCAAAAAAGCAUGUCGUGAGAGCCAAGUCAGGCAGCUGAGUCCAUUCAUGGACGAAUUCGGCGUGAUCCGUGUCGGAGGUAGAUUGCAAAGAUCGGACCUCAGCUACAAUGCAAAACACCCGAUUCUUCUCCCGAAGAAACACCCAGUCAGUAGGCUGAUCAUCCGACAAAUCCAUGAAGAUGCAGGACACGGAGUAGGAGUAGAGCACACCUUGGCUGAACUGAGAACACGAUAUUGGAUUCCUGCGGCGAGGGAAAUGAUCAAAGCCUGCAUUCGUCAGUGCGUGACAUGUCAGAAACUCCGCCAGAAAACAGAGACGCAAGUGAUGGCACCCAAACUGAGCUCUCAAGUCUGCCCAUCUUACCGUGCGUUUGACAAGUGCUCAGUGGACUUUGCGGGUCCAUUCAUUACGAAGCAGGGUCGCGGAAAAGCUCGUCAGAAGAGAUACUUAUGCGUCUUCACAUGCCUUCAAGUACGAGCCGUUCACCUAGAAAUGACGUAUGGAAUGGACACUGCCAGUUUCGUCAGGGCUCUGAUGCGAUUUAUAGCCAGACGAGGUCGACCCACGGAGAUAACAUCAGACAACGGAAGAAGUUUCGUUCGAGCUUCCAAAGAGCUGAGGCAGGCUGUGGAACGUCUAGACAACAACAAAAUACAGCGGGAGCUCCUGAAGUCGCACACAAAAUGGACAUUCACACCGCCCGGUGCUCCGCAUUUCAAUGGACCCUGCGAAGCCAUGGUUAAGAUGGCGAAAAGAGCGCUGGUGAAAACCCUGGAACAUGCCGAUCUGUCGGAUGAAGAGCUCCAGACAGCCUUUUGCAAGGCAGAAGCGCUCAUGAACACCAGACCGCUGACGGUGCUGUCUGCUGACCCUGAUGACGAGCCUCCACUGACGCCUGCCAACUUUAUCACAGGACCAUCAGACAUCGAGAUGGUGCCACCUGGCGGCUGUGAGGAUGUCUCUCUUAGACAGCGCUGGAAGCGAAUCCAGCAGCUGUCGACGGAGUUUUGGAGACGAUGGCUGCGAGAGUACCUGCCGUCCCUGCAGCAGAAGCAGAAGUGGUUUCAGCCUCAGAUCGACAUCGCCUCUGGUGACGUGGUGCUGGUGACCGAUCUAACCGCACCACGGGGGAAGUGGCCAAUGGGUCGUGUGGAGGAGGUGAUGCCAGGUGCUGACGGUCAUGUCAGAGUGGUCUCAGUCAAGCUGAAGGGCAAAACAGUCACGAGACCAGUAGUCAAACUGGUCAAACUCAGUGUCGAUGAACCACUACCAUAGGAGGUGGUCUCUGAGUUAGUUAUGUGUUGGAUUGACAGGUCAGUCCAAAGAGGGGGGGAGAUGUAGACGAGGAUGAGUAGCAGGCAUAGCGCGAGGCGCAUAUCUUGCGCAGUGAAAAUACGAGAAGAGAAAUAAAAGUUGUUGGAACCGAGCAACCGUGGUGUUUUGAAGUAGCAUUAAGAAUUAAGUAAAGUAUCACUUUUUAAGAAAUAUCGUUAAGAUGUUAAGAUAAUACACAACGCGAGGUUAUAUAC